GAAGGGAGCUGGCACGGCCGCCUAUUUAUGAGAUUCAAGUGCCUGGCCAUGGGGUACGGGAAGAGCGGGACCCACGCUGGACUGUCGGACACCCAUGCCAUCGCCUGAGAGUUGGCAGCCGCCUCGCUUGCCGGGCUCUUUCCUAGUCCCAAGUGUGGAUUUAUCAUUUUAAAGGACUAAAGUGCUCUCUCAGGGUCGACUUUUUUUUUUUUUUUCCUCCUCUCUCCCUCUCCCGCCUUCUCUUGGAGAGCUGCUUAGAAAAGAAUCUAAUGGGGCAGCCGCACUUCUCGAGACCGGUAAAUCCAGCUGCUUUUGCUGAAGAGGUGGAUCACCCCCCAACUGAUGCCGGCAUGGGGGUGGAUGUUUUGGAACUGGGUGACACCACGCCACCUACAAAGAGGAAAAGCAAGUUCUCAAGCUUUGGCAAGAUCUUCAAACCCUGGAAGUGGAGGAAAAAGAAAAGCAGUGACAAAUUUAAGGAGACUUCAGAAGUUUUAGAACGAAAGAUUUCUAUGCGAAAGCCAAGAGAGGAGCUGGUAAAAAGAGGGGUUCUGUUGGAAGACCCUGAGCAGGACGGUGAAGAACCAGACAAGCUGAACCCACCUGCACUGAAGAAUGGCCACACAGUUCCAAUCGGUGGUCCUGGGGUUUGCAACCUGGCCAGCCAGGAAGAAGAGGCUACAAAGUCAUCCAGAAAGCCUGUUCCAGCUGAGGAACCAAAGAAAAGGCAGGGCUCCUCUAGCAGCCACUCUGGGCCUGAACUGGAACCACCUCAGGAGCCGUAUGUUCCCAGACAGCCUCUGCUUCCUCCAAAAAGACCUCCCUCCACUUCCCAGGAGGCGAAUGAAGCACAGGGGAAGGAUCCAACGCCUGCCAGCAGCACUGCAAAAACUGCACCCUCCACCACAGCCCCUGUUGCAACAAAGACAGUCAAUUCCUCAGCUGCCCCUUCCCCAGCCCCCAGGACUCUGCCCCCUGCUCUUGCCAGUGCCAACACUACCACUCCCACGAGUACAACCAGCACAGCUCCUGCCAAACAGCCUCCCAUCCCUCCUCCCAAACCUGUCAACAGAAAUAGCAACUCAGUAAUAGCUGAACUUUCUCAAGCAAUGAACAGUGGUACAGGCUUGUCCAAACCUUCCCCUCCGCUCCCGCCGAAGAGAGGCCUCCUGCCUAACAACACGUCAGAGGCAGCUAUCGCUUCCAAGCCCCCGAACGACAGGACAGUGGCAGCUAACCGCCCCGCACUCAUACCGAUGCACAUCACCUCUGCUUACCCACCGCCCUCGCCUUCGCCGCCGCUGCCCACACACAUUCCCCCCGAGCCUCCGCGCAUGCCCUUGCCUGCCUCCACCCCUGCCUUGGACCCUCCGCGCUCCCUGGACCCACCCAAAGAGACUCCUCCUGUUCCCGAAGACUUCAGGUCCUUGGAAGUGGCGAAGAGGACAGCAGAGCAAGGGUUUGGCGAACCUCACGCGCUGCCUCGCCUACCCCAAAUCCCGUUGCACAUCCGUAUCCAGCAGGCUCUGGCCAGUCCUCUGCCUGUCACCCCGCCUGCCGAGGGGUCACACAGGGCUCACUCGCUGCUCUUCGAGAACGAUGGCUUUGGAGAGGACAGUGGCACCCUGGGCAGGACGAGGUCCCUGCCUGUCACCAUUGAGAUGCUGAAAGUUCCAGACGAUGAGGAAGAGGAAGAUGACCAGGAAGAGGAGCAGAAUUCGGGCCCUCGUGUGUAUAUUGGAGAUGUGCCAUCUGUCACAGUCAUCCCCAAACUGGUACCCCACGUCCUGCCAGAGGAGCAGGAAGGAGAUGAAGGGAUGAGCGACUCUGACUCAGAAGGGCCCAUCCUGUACAAAGAUGACGAGGAUGAGGAAGAAGAUGAAAGCCAUAACAGCACGUUGGCUAACAAAGUGAAAAGGAAAGACACGCUAGCUAUAAAGCUGGGGAACACAACCACGCCGCAGGAGGAGAAGAUUGUCUUUCCUCGGAAGAGCAAGGAGGAGUGGAACGAAAUUCGGCACCAGAUUGGGACGACGCUGAUCAGGCGACUGAGUCAGAGACCGACAGCAGAAGAACUGGAGCAGAGGAACAUACUUCAACCGAAAAAUGAAGCUGACCGUCAAGCUGAGAAGCGAGAGAUCAAACGCAGGCUCACCAGAAAGCUUAGCCAAAGGCCCACAGUGGCAGAGCUGCAGGCCAGGAAGAUCCUGAGAUUUAACGAAUAUGUGGAAGUAACAGAUGCUCAAGACUAUGACCGGCGAGCGGAUAAGCCAUGGACAAAGCUAACACCAGCUGACAAGGCUGCCAUCCGGAAGGAGCUGAAUGAGUUUAAGAGCUGUGAAAUGGAAGUCCAUGAGGACAGCAAGCAGUUCACAAGGUAUCAUCGACCAUAAUCUUCCAAGAAGGGAGCAAGAGACCUGAGAGGACUGGAAGUUCUCUGCAUCCCUCUCCUUGGGCAAUACAGCGAGGGUGGAACCUCGGCUCUUCCAAGAUUUGCCUUCAAAACAUAUCCAGAAAAGGGCUUUCGGCCAGGGAAGGGGAAUCCUGUCUGAAUGUAGCAUUUCACUGGAACAAAGAUGUCUCGAGUGCCAUCAGGCUGGAACUGAACACUAUACCUCGCACGGCUCAGCAAUACGCCUCUGCUCCGGCGCCAGCGUCCCUGCCAGGAGACCAUGCACGUGUGAAUGGAUGGUUUGUUCCCCAGCUCCCUUUCUCAGCCCAGACAGGCCCGGUUCUCCGCUGUACAUACUCCUGUUGGGGAUGCAACUCCUUCAUUUCUUCCUCCUUAACAAAAGGAGGCGGCGGGGGGGAAAGGCAGCUCUAGUGUUGGAAAGCUGAGGAAUGGAGAGGGGAUGUGCUAGGAAGCAUGUGUGUAUAUUAGCUGUGUACAGAGAACCCUGUGCAGAUGCUGGCCUGGCAGACAACUGACAUGUGACUCGUAAUUUUUUGGGUUUUGCUUGCGUCUCUGUCAUGUCCUUAAUGUCCUGAAUCACUACUGACCAACGGUUUGUUGUCCUGGAAGGGAAUUGUAUAGAUAUUAACAUAUGCUGCAUCUUUUUGUAAAAAAAAAAAAAAAAAAAAAAAGAAAAACGAAAAACACAAAUGUAUAAAACAUUCCCUCCCCUCCUCUCUCACACUUGCUGUGAUGUUAACAGAUCUUGAGAUACCUAGGCUUGUGUAACAAAUUACAGAACCAGGAAAGGACUGUUGCCUUUUUAAAACUUUUUAAUUUGGGGAAGCUGUGAGAGUAGUCAGUUCUUUUUAUUGUGGCUUCCCCCCAGAUGUUUUUUAUUCUCCCAAAUCAGGGUGAAAUUUGCCUUUUCUCAUUUUUACAGCUAAACCUACUGGAAACUUGAUAAUUUCACGGUGUGGGUGGAAGAGGGAGGGAAAGAAUAGGUUUAAAAAGUGACCUUAAAACAAUACUCUUUCUCUUCGGAGAAUGAGCUCAUAUUGGUUCUUCCUAAAGGUGGGAUUUUUUUAAAAAAAUUUCUGGUUUCAACCACUGCUGUAUCAUGCACAAAACCUAACCCAUGUGAGAUGCCACGUAAAGUGAAGAAGGGAGUAUCACAGGAUGAGGAGGGUGUGGGAAUGGAGAGAAUGGCUUGCCUUGUUCACAAACCUGUCUUGUUGCUCGGGGUGGGCCUCGCUGUACCCCGGUUCCUCCGCGCUGUGCCAACACCGGGGCUGCCAUGGCCUGACCCACCCCUGCCUGUGGGGAAUGGCGGGGGCGUGUGGGAUGUGUGUCUUCCUUCACAGCUUCCCCCUGUACAGUAUGACUGUAGACUAAAUCACUGCAUUGUAUAUCAGUCUCCAACAGAUUUUAAUUAUUGAAUAAAAGUAUUUUAGGAUUUUUUUUUAAGAAAA